CUUUGGUGGAGAAGCGUGUGGCUACAGCGGUGUGUCAGGGAGAAAAGUUGCUGAUUCAAUCUGCGGGAAUUGCGAGCUCUACAGCUGAGUCAGAAUGGACUCCUCUUUGAGUGCUGCUCAGAUCCGCGAGAAGUUCAUCGACUUCUUCCGUCGCUAUGAGCACAAGUACGUCCACUCGUCUGCGGUUGUCCCGCUGGACGACCCCACGCUGCUUUUCGCCAACGCUGGCAUGAACCAGUUCAAGCCCAUCUUCCUCAACACCAUCGACCCGUCCCACCCCAUGGCCAGGCUGCUUCGUGCCGCCAACACCCAAAAGUGUAUCCGUGCAGGAGGCAAGCACAACGACCUGGACGAUGUGGGUAAAGACGUCUACCACCACACCUUCUUCGAGAUGCUGGGGUCCUGGUCCUUUGGGGACUACUUUAAGCACCUGGCCUGUAAGCUGGCCUUGGAGCUGCUGACCCAGGAGUUCGGUAUUUCCAUAGACCGCCUCUAUGUCACCUACUUCGGGGGUCACGCUGACGCAGGGCUGGAGCCGGACCUGGAGUGCAAACAGAUCUGGACCGACCUGGGGGUGGACGAGGCUCGCAUCCUGCCAGGCAGUAUGAAGGAUAACUUCUGGGAGAUGGGAGACACCGGUCCCUGCGGUCCCUGCAGUGAGAUCCACUUUGACCGCAUCGGAGGGAGGGACGCCUCACACCUGGUGAACAUGGACGAUCCCAAUGUGCUGGAGAUCUGGAACCUGGUGUUCAUUCAGUUCAACAGAGAGUCAGAGACCGAGCUGAAGCCCCUGCCUCAGAAGAGCAUCGACACGGGGAUGGGCCUGGAGCGCCUCGUGUCCAUACUGCAGGGCAAGAUGUCCAACUAUGACACCGACCUCUUCGUGCCGUACUUUGAAGCCAUUCAGAAGGGUACAGGUGCUCGACCGUACACCGGUAAAGUAGGUGCCGAAGAUACUGACGGCAUUGACAUGGCCUACCGCGUGCUGGCCGACCACGCCCGCACCAUCACCAUCGCCCUGUCGGAUGGCGGCCGGCCUGACAACACAGGACGAGGCUAUGUGUUACGGAGGAUCCUGCGCCGCGCAGUGCGUUACUCUCACGACAAGCUGGGAGCUCAGAGAGGCUUCUUUGCCACUCUGGUGGAUGUGGUGGUUGAUUCACUGGGCAAUGCCUUCCCGGAGCUGAAGAAAGACCCAGAGAUGGUGAAGGACAUUAUUAUUGAGGAGGAGGAUCAGUUCCUCAAGACCCUCAGCAGGGGACGCCGUAUCCUAGACCGGAAGAUCAUGAGCCUGGGAGACAUCAAGACCCUUCCAGGUGACACAGCAUGGCUGUUGUAUGACACAUACGGCUUCCCCCUGGACCUGACCUCCCUCAUCGCAGAGGAGAAAGGCAUGGUGGUGGACAUCGCUGCCUUUGAAGAGGAGAAGAAGGCAGCACAGUUAAAGUCCCAGGGCAAGGGGGCAGGAAACGUCGACCACAUCAUGUUGGACAUCUACGCCAUCGAGGAGCUGAGAAACAAGAACAUCCCCCCAACAGAUGACUCUUCCAAAUACAAAUACACCUCCGAGGCAAACGGCAGCUACAAGUUUGAGCAGCCCACAUCCACGGUGCUCGCCCUGCGCUGCGACCGCGCCUUCUGCGACAGCGUGACCACGGGUCAGGAGUGCGGCGUGCUGCUCGACCAGACCUCCUUCUAUGCCGAGCAGGGCGGGCAGACAUUCGACGAGGGCUACAUGGUUCGAGAGGAAGACGGCACAGGGGACCGGAUGGAGUUCACGGUGAAGAACACGCAGGUUCGAGGAGGUUACGUUCUCCAUCUGGGGACGGUCUAUGGCGUCCUGAAGGUCGGAGACCGCAUUACGCUCCGCGUAGAUGAGGCUCGUCGCCGGCCCAUCAUGAGCAACCACACCGCCACACACAUCUUGAACUUCGCCCUGCGGGGGGUGUUGGGGGAGGCAGACCAGAGGGGCUCCCUGGUGGCACCCGACCGCCUGCGAUUUGACUUCACCGCCAAAGGUGCCCUGAGCACGGGGGAGGUCCGUCGCACUGAGGAGAUCGCUUGUGCCAUGAUAAAAGAAGCCAAGCCGGUGUACGCCAUGGACGCCCCACUAGCAAAAGCCAAGGCCAUCCAGGGCCUGCGUGCCGUGUUUGAUGAGACCUACCCCGACCCCGUCCGAGUCGUGUCCAUCGGUAUCCCCGUUGAGGAGCUGCUGGAGAAGCCCGACAGCACCGCUGGUUCUCUCACCUCCAUCGAGUUUUGCGGGGGAACACAUCUGCAGAACUCGAGUCACGCCGCUCCGUUUGUCAUCGUCUCGGAGGAGGCCAUCGCUAAGGGCAUCCGCCGCAUUGUUGCUGUGACAGGAACAGAGGCCCAGAAGGCCCAGAGGAAGGCCGAUUCCCUGCUCCAGUCUUUGUCCGGACUGGGAGACGAGGUGAAGCAGCAGACAGCCCCGAACAAGGACGUUCAGAAAGACAUCGCCGACAUGACGGAGUUGAUAGGCACAGUAGUGAUCUCCCAGUGGAAGAAGGACGAGAUGAGGGAAUCCCUAAAGGGCCUGAAGAAGACCAUGGACGACUUGGACCGCAACUUCAAGGCUGACAUCCAGAAGAGAGUCUUGGAAAAGACCAAGGAGGUGAUAGAAAGCAGCCCGAACCAAGCGCUGCUGGUCAUGGAGAUGGAGACCGGCGCGUCCGCAAAGGCACUCAACGAGUCACUGAAGAUGCUGAAGUCGCAGUCUCCUCAGACCGCUGCCAUGCUCUUCAGCGUAGACCCAGACGCCGGCAAGAUUACCUGCCUUUGCCAAGUCCCACAGGAUGUGGCCAACCGUGGUCUAAAGGCCAGCGAGUGGGUUCAAGAGCUGUGCCCCCUGCUGGAUGGCAAAGGAGGCGGCAAGGACAUGUCUGCCCAGGCCACGGGCAAGAACACUCGGUGCCUGCAGGAGGCGCUGCAGAUGGCCAACCAGUUUGCACAGCUUAAACUGGGCGAGAACUAAGAGCAGAGAGAUGUCUUGUGUGUGUGAGGAGGAAGAGAGGGUUGCGAACAUGGGUUGGGUCGCAAAGUGGGGAAAAAAGUAAUAAAAGUCUUGGGUCUUGAUUGAGUUAGAAAUCACAGAAUAUCCUCCUCUCCUUUCCCCCUUGGGUCACAAGAGAUGAGAAAAAGAAGAACAAAAAUCUCCCGGGUUUCUUGCUCACUAUGUUGACGGACGACACUGCUAGCAGUAACCGAGCCACUCCUUUAUUAACACUAUGAUUUAUCUCUGUGGUUUCUUUGGUAUAAAGCAAGAUUCUCUAAUGCAGUUAAGUGGAAGAGGGCAGCAGAUCCUUUGAGUCUCGUUUCAGUGUCUCCGCUGCCCUAUUGCAUGCUUGUGACAGAAAAACAGAUUGAUUUGAGCCUCCGGCGAGUACUGCACAGCUCAGAUGAAGCGACUACGACUGAUGCUCCGUCCAUCAAGUGAGCCAGAGUUCUCCUGUGAUUGGUUGGACUUGAGUCUAACACACACUAGAUGUAUCAUGUCUUGCUUUUCAAAUAACAAGCCAUCAUCUUUCAUGCAAUUAGUUGACUGUUUUGAUUUAGUAAAAAAAAAAGGGAAUUCAUCAACCGUAUAAAAAAUGCUCAUGGACAUGUCCAAUAAUUAAUCUGUCGAACUUGAUUUGCUAACACUUAAUAUUAAUUUAAUGUCGAAAAUGUCUUUUUUUUUACCAUUGUAGCUGUUUCAUGUCAGAUGUGUUGCGUUAUGAGGCCGGAAUAAAGACUGCUUGCUUCUUUUAAACGUGUGUGAUAUGCAUACCUGCAAACUUGUCACCUUUCGGUGAAAUUCACCGUUUUGAACUCAAAAUAGGUCAUCCACGUGAAUCGUGGAGAUCCGAAGAGUUUUUGUUUUUGGGGGGGGUCACCUGGCCCGCUGCCGUUGAGAUUGCAGUGAGACGCGGAGAAAAGUGUGAAGUGUUGCUCUUCGCAAUAAAACAUCUUUGAUGGGACGUGUCGCGUUUCGGCCAAUCAGCGUUCAGAUGUCUUCAGCGUUUGGGGGUUCAGGUUAGCUUGAAUGUCAGCCCGCUACAUCUACUGCUGUCACGCUGCACGGUGUAGCGAUGCUAACAAAGUACCCGUACGUUAAACACGAUGUGAUUUAGCAUAUUUUUAGUAUCGAUACUUCAUUAAGAGAGCGAUCAGAGCGCACGCGCUGCUCCGUGUCGAGCUGUCUGCGCACACUGCGCUGCGCAGCUCACAGCGAGAAAAGUGGCGCAGCUUUAGAGACUUCGGCUUAAAAAAUAAAAAGAUGCCAGAAGUGAAAUGUUUCAGUCUGUAAAGUUCUGUAACUCUCCAGCUGCUCAUCCUGAUGAACUGUGGAUCAUCUGGUCAGAGACUAACGGCCUCAUAGUGUAUAAUCAAUGCUAUGAUGGAACCAUGUAGUUUCAAUCAUAACUGGCUGUAUUAAUACUAAUAUUACUGUCAUUUGUUAAGUGUUGAAAAAGUUGGUAAAAAGUGAACCAUACAGAUGUUUUAUUUAUUACUAUUAUAGAUAAGUAUACCAGUCUCGUAAUUAUAGUACCAUAUUGUUUGUAUGGUGUAUUGAAUUCUGGUAUCGGGUAUCAUGAUAUUUAUGGCAGGUAUGUAAUAUGUAUAGAAGUUAUAAUAUGAGUAUCGUGACAAACAGGUAGAGACAGAACAGAUUCAGGGAGAAGUCCAUGAGGACUGUUAAGGCAAAAAAAAAAGGAAGUUGGUUCAUGAAUGACUUUAACCAUAUUAUAUAUAAUGACAAUGUAUAUUUGUUAUUACUAUCAUUAUAGGGCUGAGUCAGAGCGGAGAACAUUUUGUUCUUAAACUGUUUAUCAUUAUUUAGAUUUGUGGUCAGAACAAUAAAAUGACUAGUUGUGGUUCUAAAAGCUUUGAGGCUUCAAACAACGUGGAUGUGGUGUGGUGACAACAAAACAAAAAGUCACCUGCACCCCCGUUGUCACCUUUUUCACCCCUCAUGAGUUUGCAGGUAUGGAUAUGUUUGUAUUUAUGAUUCACUUCAAGGAGGAAAGUAGGAACUGGUUGGACUGAUCUUUUAAUGUAUUCAUAUUGUAGAAGUGUAUGUUAUUACUACUGUUGCUUUAAAGAGUGGAUAUUGUU